AUUAUACAGUUUCAUGAAACCUCUGAGAGACAAUAUGCAACUAGGCAUAAAAUUGUGAAUCCGUAUCAAAGGAAUCUGUGCCAAAGUUACUGCAGACGAAUCAUUCCUCGUUGAUAAACUUACCCUAUUGGUAUGCUCAGAAUCACGUCGAUAGCCAGCCAAUGGGGACGCAGCCAAAAAACAUUCUGACCAAUCAUGGUAAGGGAAAUACAUACGUUGAUCCAACGGCGUCAGAGACUUUCAGAUAUUUUGUGUCAGUUGGUGUUUUGUUUAACAAAACAGUUUAAUUUGUGUGAAAUAAUGCAAAGGUUGUUUGUUUAUAGUGUGUAGCGUCAGUGUGUGAACAUGAUCAUCAUCUAUAUAGAUAUAAUAUUACUGAUUAUCUUGUUAUGUUUGACGUUAUUCAUGUGUGGCUACUGCGUGUACCGGGUCAACAGACUGAGACAAAACGGAGAGAUCGCGAUAUUGCUGAGGCCUACUAAGGUCGUGUUCACACACAAGAAGGAAGGGACUUCGACUGAAGAACUAAGAACUGUAGUGGCUUACCAGAACCCUUUCACUGGGGACUACUGCGUGCACAAGAGCCGCGCAGGUCCUAAGGGCUACCUGAACAGCCUGCAGCCGGACUCCCCGGACAGCGGGGUCUCGGACGAGUACGAGCCGCUGCACCUGGACCCCGUGGGGCCGCAGCCCCAGCCCCCACUCCCACACGUGGAGCAGGACCGCAUGCCCCCCGGGAUCGUUGCCAUGCCGCAGCCUGACUACACCAUCAAACUGCAGAUGAGUCCGGAACUCGAGGACAACAGCGUGAACAAGACUUGGAACUGGAACUACAAAGAGUAUCAGAUCUGAAGACAUCAUAACCAACUUCCCAUCAUAUCCUGAUAAACUAGUAAUAUAUUUUACGGUAUUUUCCUCAAGCAUAAACCCAGACAUACAAAUACGAAAAAAAACCAUUAACACAGGUCACUUCUUCCUCUAUUUCCAUCGCUGAUGUACAUCCUGGUGUGAGAGCUUGGGCCGCCGCGGAUUAGGUCUAUGGGAUGGCUUAAAACACUAUAAUAAAAUCUCUGAUGUUUCGUUUUCCUCCCGAUUUUCCUUCACCGUUUUAAGUAAGAGAUUAUAAGUCCAAAUGACACUUUCUACCACACAUACAGACACACACUUUAGUCACAACAAAUUCCAACUUAGUACUCAAACGUGAUUAUCCUUUUGAAGACCUGUUUAAAUUGCUGCAUUAUCCCUUCAAAUUACUGCUAUUAUCCUCUAAAUAUCUUCUCCUAAAUAUUAAUAAAGCUUGCAAUUAUAACUCAGGUAAAACCUACAGCAAGUCAUUUAAAUGGACGACGACAAUUGCCUUCUCUUUAAAUAAAUACCACCCACUCGUCAAAUAUUUAACUUAAUCAAAUUAAGCUUGACUUUGCACCAAAAAUAUAUUAGA